AUGGCUCUUCAUAAUCUUAUGCGUGAUUCAACCACAAAAGAUGAUGAUUUUGAUGAGUACAAAAGAAUGGAAGAACAAGAACUGAACCCUUCAAAUAUAGAAGAUGCACCAGAAGUUGAAGUCACACGUUAUGAACCUACGGGAGAUACUUACAUGACAGAAGUUCGUAACCAUAUUGCAGAAAAUAUGAAGGCUAAAAACGCCGUUAUAAACUCUUACCCAAAGUUCCACUUCUCCAAAGAAACCUCCGCCGCGUCUUCCGAUGGGUUUGGCGGCGGAGGAGAUACGUCGUGUACGAUCUGUUUGUGUGAGUAUAAAGAAGCAGAGAUGUUGAGGAUGAUGCCCGAGUGUAAACACUACUUCCAUUUAUGUUGUCUUGACGCAUGGCUUAAACUCAACGGUCCUUGUCCCGUUUAUCGGAACUCGCCGCUUCCGACACCAACAUCUACAACAAUUUCAACACCUUUGUCGGAAGUUGUGCCGCUCUCGCUGUAUGCCGCUGAUCGGAGGAGAGCAAGAAGAUGGGAUAUUUUUACAUAG